AUGUUGUUGAACAGACAUUUGUGGUUUUUUGUAGGGAGAACGCUUGCCAGGCGAAAAUCCACCACGUCCUGGAACACUGCCGCCGAACCAUUCGCUGGAACGGGAAGAACCCGAACCACCCAGCUGGCACCACGAGGAGGUUGUUCUGCAAGCCACCCAAUUGGAUACAUCUAUCUGCGUCUGAUGCACGACCUGGGCCUUGUUGGCCCUAUUCAGCGCCAAAACCUGUCUCCUGUUGCCAGUCAACAUCUCCUUCCAGCUACGGUUGAGGGAAUGGCUGCGAAAGACCACUUUUCCAGCAUGCAGCGUGGCCAUCAAGACGUGUGGGUUAGAGCUCGACGCUGUUUUUUGGAUGCCGCACUCACACAAGCUAGCCAUAUCCCACAAUGGAGCAGGGAGGUGCAAACGCAUUGGCUCGCUUGCCUUGGCCGAUUACGCUUCCAGGUGAUGCUGGAUCGGCUCUUAGACGGAAUUAAGACGCACGAGUUGACUGCAAAGACCAUUAUCUCCACUUGGCGACAUUGUGGCCGUAGCAUUAUGGCUCAAGCCCAGAACCAACAGGACCUGGAAUUGUGGCAGGCGUAUGCCAUGGGAUUUUGGCGAGCCGGACUUAUCCUCAUUGCUCAGAACACCGAUCCAUGUGAUGUGGAAUCUCUUGUUACGGAGUCAAGGCGAAUCUUCGACGCUGCGCUCACUACGUAUCCUAUCCCAUCGGACUCCAUUUGCUCAAGCUUGAACAGAUCGUCGGCAGGAUCAUCCGAUUCUUUCAUCCCCACAUUGGCUGCGCGUCUCAGACUACUUCGGCAAUACUUGGACUUGGAGCUGGGCGUGCACCCUGGCUCCGGUGGCACAAAGACACAGGUUGGCUCCGAACCACGCGCAGUUCGGCUACUAAUCUACGCUGUUACCGGUGGGGAUUACGCUGUACCAAAUGUGACUGACGCCCUCUGGCCGUCCACUUUGGUACGAACAAGCCAUGCCUACGGAAAGUGCAUGGAAUCCAUCUGGUCCUUGCUCGUCGCUCUUCCUGACGACACCAAACUCGAUCAGUUCCCCCUGACGUUGACCAACGCCUCUUCUUGCCAUGGAUUGUUGCCUCCUCUUUUCUUGGCCAAUCUAAUUCAACAACUGAAUCACUUCGCUCAUCAAGUGGCCGAUAUUGCAGCCGAAAUGACCGUGGAUCGCAUCGUAUCCGGUCCUCGGAUAACUACCUCUGCCCCUACCCUGAUACAAGCAAACAAAAGCGGAGUGUUGGAUUUGUUCUUACCGCCAAGUUAUCAGUUGAACUUGUACUCAGCAUGUCUCCCGGUCGCAUUAGACCUCUUCAUCCUCAGCCUGGAGUUGGACCGAUGGACUAGUUUACUGGCCUGUGCUUCAGAUUGUGCUUCCGGUGGUAUGCCUGCAACAGACUCCACAAGCAGCCAACGAGUUCGAAACGCCUUCGAACGUGCUGUUCGUGCGGGGUCUUUUGUUGCCCCGAUGGUGACGGAGGAUGGAGCGCUUUAUCACAUUGCUCUCGCCGCCAAUACUCCUUCCUUUUGGUCUGCUCACCUCCGUUUGGUCAUCUGGCGUGCAUACAUGGCUUUCGGUUGGAUGUCUGGCACGUCGUACUUGGGCUCCUCCACAUCCCGCUCCAACGCGGACCCUAGGCAAAGGCGUCAAGCACUUAAAGCUGUCUUCUAUCGUGCGAUUGAAGAUUUGCCCUGGGCCAAGGUUCUCUACACCGAUUUGAUUCGAUAUUGUCCUGAAGACGUGGAAGAAGUGGUUGAUCUGUUAUCCGAACGUGAGCUGCGAUUGCGUACUCCUCUGGAAGAAGUAGACCUCCUUCUUACUGCCAAACCAGUUGGCGAAUAAUUGUAUAUGCUACAGAAUCGUGUACAAAACAACUUUAGUUUUUGAAAUUUAAUCGCACAUUCAUCCGAUUGGUUGUUUUUAUUUGCCACAGGAGUGAACUCUUACUUACUUUUUUCACUGCAUGAAUCCACC